AUGGUUCAAAAUAAUAUUUCCCAAAAUGAUCAAAUAAAAAUUAACGAAUUAAGAAAGUUAGUAGAGAAUGAGUUAACACCAUACUAUGAUACUGAUUUUAAUUUAUUAAGAUGGCUUCAAGGACACGAUUAUAAACUUGAUAUUAUUGUUCCAAAACUUAAAAAUCAUCUUUUAUUUAGAAAAAGUAAAUGGGAUCUUGAUAAUUUGGCAAAAGAAAAUAGAAACUUUCCUGUUCAUGAAUAUUGGCCAGCAGGUUACACUGGUCCAGCUAUUAAAAUACCAAAUGUAAUUGUAAAUGUUGAACAGACUGGUGUUAAUGAUUUUUGGGGUCUUUUACAUACAUACCCAUUAAAUGAUAUUCUUAAAGCAAGAUGUCAUGAUCUUGAAACAAUGUUAAAAUUAGUAAUGGAAGAAGAAAAAAAAAGUGGUGAAAAAACUUCUAUUCUUUACAUAUUAGAUCUUUCAAAUUUAAAUUUUGAUUUAAAAUUAACAACUUUAAUGACUGGAGCCUUGUCAUCAAUUUCAUCGUUCAUGGCUGAUCAUUAUGUUGAAUUGAUACAUUCAUUUGUUCUUGUUGGAUGCCCAACUUUUAUAACAACUUUAUGGAACAUUGCUAAACCUUUACUUCCAGAAAAAACUAAAAAUAAAGUUAAAAUUUUAGGUAGUCAUACAUGGAAAGAUGAAAUAUUAACUAUGGCAUGUCCAGAAUCAUUACCAACAUUCUGGAAUUGUGAUAAUAAUCAAUUGUUUUUAGCUGAUGUAAAAAGGCCAAAAAAUGUUGAUGAGAAAGAUUAUUAUAAAGGGUCAUUACAACCAGCUGAUAAAGUACAAUUAUUUUCAGUUUCUGCCGAAACAGAUGGUCACUUUGCAUAUGCUAUUUAUUGCACAGAAAAUGAUAAUGAAAAUGACUCUGAAAAAAUGAUAACUGCAUAUCCACGUUUCAAUAAGGUUCCUGGUCCAACAUGGGUACCAUUAACUGAUGAGAUAAUAGCUCCAAUAACAGGAACAUAUCAUUUUUGGUUUAGUAAUGAACAUGCAUGGAUUCAUAAUUUAAAAAUAAAAUAUAUUAUAGAGUUGAAAGAUUAA